AUGGCAGCCGGGCAAAAGUUAUAUCCUCGGGCCACGGUCAAAAAGAUCGUCAAAGCCCACUCGAAGCGCAAUGUGACCAAAAAUGUCGAUGUUUUGGUAAGCCUAACACGGGCGAGACGCGUCGUGGUUGUAUGCGAUGCACUGCACGGUAUGCUAACGGCAAUCUAGAUAUUUCUCGAUUACGCUCUGUUUCUGCAAACGUGAGUUGCUGCGGAAAGGCUAUCGUCCUGGAGGAAGUCUAGAAUACUGAUGGGAGAGGCAGGUUGAUGAAAGAAGCUGGAAUCAAUGCAAAGCAAGCUGGAGAGAGAGGGAUCAGCGCCAAAAGCGUCAAGAAGGUCACCGAGGUCGGUCAAGUCUAUCCCACACCUCUUGGAUGAUAUGACAUAGACUGACAAGAUGUUGCAAUAGCUGUCCCUCUCCAAAUUCAAGGGUUGA